UUAUCUAGUUUCCACUUCUCCGUUCAUCAGCAUUAACUCCCCCCUUGUUUAAUCCCUCUAAAUCUGUAUGCAAAUUCGCGUUGCUGUUAUCUUCUUCCCCAAUCUAAGAAAUCAGCUUAAAUCUGGAUCCCGAUUCGUUGCGGUCGGUAAAUCGGGAAUCAUUCCAUUUCACAGAGCCGUUUCCUUUUUUGUCUUUCCUCCAUCCCCGCCUUGUCACCUACAUCCAAGGUCCAAACUUUCCUCCGUCUGAUGCCGGAUGGGGCAAUGCAGGAUGGUUCUUUCAUUCACCUUUAGUUGCUUCAUUAGUCGGGGCUUUUGUUGCUUUCCUCGUGUGCUGUUCUUGGAGAUGGCCGUAAUAGCCACACUCAAAGCAAAUCGUUGGAAGCCCUUCAUAUUCCACCCAUUGAAGGUGCCCCUCAAUCCGAAUUUUGAAGACCAGAGGCUUGGUGAGAUCCACCGAGACGACCAUAGGGGCAAACUUCCCCCUCUCUAUUGACUAUGUGUUAUAAUCUAUCCUCACUAUCGAGCCAACUGUUUUGGCAAUGGCUCUCAACAACCCUUUGUGAUAAUACUGGAUAGGUAGCUCUGGAAAGCGGACCCAGGCAACCACCGAAGUGAGGCAGUCAUCGUCGACUGAGAAGGAGGCCGUCCAUGGUUGCACUGUCAAAUAAUGCCCAUAGAUGACCCACGGUCCCCCUAUCAGUGAAUGUGAAUAAUCGUUGGGGUCGGUAAAUUUCGCCAGGUAAAAGUUGUUUUCCAGAUCGACUAGCUGGAACAUUCCCGCAGGUCGCCAGAGGCUUUGUAAGCAGUUGAGGGGGGGUCAAAAGCCGAUGACUGUCCAAAAGACAGACGACCGCUGAGUUCCUCAUGGAUUGAGCUAGGUAAUUUUAGACCUUAUUCGAGAAUGCCACUGUCAGAUAUUCCCCAUCUGAUGCCAAUAUCACAUGCUCUUCUCUAAUUUCAAAAUCGACAAUCUUACUCUUUGCCAAUUUUGCAUUAGCAAGUUUGUCUUUGAAGGACACCCGAUUGCUUUUCCAACGCCCGUAGAGUCCCCUGCUUUGCCCCUCAUCCUCCGAUUCUGUCAAGUCCAUGUCACUAGCUUCUUCCCCAUUUUUGCCCAAGAUUGUGACACCAACAUCCUCUUCCGCUGAUUGCAGCCGCUCAGGAUGUUCCCUUAUUCUCACCUUCUUGGUCGAGCGAUCGUCAUCUACGCACGGCGCCGCUGUGCCUUUGUCAAGCUGAGAAAAAUCGUUCAUUCUGACAGAAUGUGUAUGAAUACUCGGAUUCAAACUACUUUUGAAACACGUUAGAUUCGACGAUACCUCGCGUAUAAAUCCACGAACUCAUAUCAUAUAUCCAUUUUUUAAUUUACAACGUCAUGGGAAAUCAGAGCGAUUAUUGAGAAGGGAGCUGAGGAAGAAGAUGACAUUCCUAAGCAGAUCCUUCCAUGGACUCCCACCAAGAGCCAAAUUUCACUCUUUGCCAACCAAAAACGUAGUCAAUUGCUCAUACCACCUUCACCUUCAUCUAAAUUCUCCAUGCAAAGACAUUAACUUUCUCCUUCAACUUCAUUGCCGCCUGAUAGUCUUAGGCCUUCGACAUGACAAUGGCUCAACUACCCAUCUCAUAAACUCCUACUCUCUGUUUCACAAACCGGACCCUGCUCGCUUAGUUCUCGAUUCUAAUCCAAACCCAAGUGUUGUUUCAUGGAAUUCCAUGAUCAGAGCUUACACGAGAGCAGACUAUCACAAAGAAGCUCUAAGCUUGUACCGCUGCAUGUUAAAGAAGGGAGUUGACCCAGAUAAGUAUACUUUCACUUUUGCUUUGAAGGCUUGCACGGGUACUCUGGAUUUCGGAGAAGGUCUGUCGAUUCACCGGGAUAUAGCUCGUGCGGGUCUUGAAUCUGAUGUGUAUAUAGGGACUGGUCUUGUCGAUAUGUACUGUAAAAUGGGUGAUCAGAAAUCUGCACGAGAGGUGUUUGAUAGAAUUCCCUACAAAGACGUUGUGGCUUGGAAUGCUAUGAUUGCUGGAUUUUCACAUAGCGGAGAUCCUCGUGAGGCGUUGGCGUUUUUCCGUGGUAUGCAAAUGAGUGGUGUUGAAGUUGAUUUUGUGAGCUUGUUGAACUUAAUUCCUGCUAUUUCAAAGCUAGCUGAUGUUCUUGUUUGCAGGUCUAUCCAUGGUUAUGUGAUAAGGAAAGGUUUAACUCCAGUUGUCUAUAAUGGACUGAUUGAUAUGUAUUGUAAGUGUGGGGAUGUAUAUGUUGCUCGAUGCAUCUUUGAGCGGAUGGCAGAGCAGGACAGUGUUUCAUGGGGAACCAUGAUGUCGGGGUAUGUUCAUAACGGGUGUUUCCUAGAGGUUCUGGAAUUGUUUGAUCGCAUGAAAUUUGAAAAUGUUAAAAUGAAUAAGGUAGUGCUGACAAGCAGUGUAAUGGCUGCUGCGGAGAUGAGGGAUUUAGAGAAGGGGAAGAUGAUUCAUGAGUGCAUUAUCCAACAAGGUUUUGACAAUGAUGUGUUAAUUGCCACUCCAAUAAUAACCAUGUAUGUAAAAUUUUCAGAACUAGAAAAAGCUAAGCAGUUGUUUCAGGAACUGCCAGAAAGGGAUUUGGUUGCUUGGUCUGCAAUUAUUGCUGCUUGUGUCCAAGAAGAGUAUUUUGAAGAAGCUCUUUAUUUUUUCAGAAGCAUGCAGUGCGAAUGUGUAAGACCAAAUAGUGUAACUCUGGUAAGUAUUCUCCCAGCUUGCACAGAGCUAUCUCCGCGGUUAGGCAAGAGUAUACACUGCUACACUAUAAGGGCCAAUAUUUUUUCUGAUGCAGCAACUGCAACAGCCCUUCUUUCUAUGUAUUUAAAAUUUGGCUUCUUUUCUCACGCACUGGUAAUAUUCAAUAUGAUACAAAGUAAAGAUGUUGUGGCAUGGAAUGCCUUGAUAAAUGGAUAUUCUCAGGCUGGUGAUGCUUACAGUGCAAUGGAUAUGUUUUGUAAAUUACUGUCAUCUGGCAUAAAAGCAGUCCCAGGAACCAUGGUGGGCUUGCUUCCAGCUUGUGGACUCUUAAACAAUUUAAAUCAAGGCUCUUGUAUCCAUGGGAAAAUUAUAAAGAGUGGAUUUGAUUCUGACAAUCAUAUAAAGCAUGCUCUCAUUGACAUGUAUGCCAAAUGUGGAAGCCUUUCCUCAGCUGUAUUUUUGUUCAAAAUGACUAGCUUCAAAAAGGCUACAAUAUCGUGGAACAUAAUGAUUGCAGGAUAUAUGCAAAAUGGACAUGCCGAAGAGGCUAUUUCUGCUUUUCAUCAAAUGAAGCUAGAGAAUUUUCGACCUAAUUUAGUCACAAUUGUAAGUUUCCUUCCUGCAGCAGCUUAUUUGGCAGCAUUAAGAGAAGGUAUAGCUAUUCAUGCCACCAUCAUCCAAAUGGGAUUUCAAUCUUACAUAGUAGUUGGAAAUAAUCUCGUUGAUAUGUAUGCUAAAUGUGGGUUGCUCAGUUACUCUGAGAAAUGUUUUAAUGAGAUGGAAAAUAAAGAUAUAGUUUCAUGGAAUGCAAUGCUUGCUGGGUAUGCUGUUCAUGGACUAGGGGAUUGUGCUGUUUCACUUUUCUCACUCAUGCAAGGGAGAGAUGUUCCAGUUGACUCUAUAUCCUUUCUUAAUGUAUUGUCUGCUUGUAGACAUGCAGGAUUAAUAAAAGAAGGGAGAAAAAUAUUCGAUUCCAUGCAUGAAAAGUAUGAUCUCGAACCGGAUCUAGAACACUAUGCUUGCAUGGUCGAUCUGUUAGGUCGUGCUGGUUUAUUUGAUGAGAUGUUGGAUUGCAUAGACAUGAUGCCAUUAAAACCUGAUGCAGGAGUUUGGGGAGCUUUGAUAAGCUCGUCUAGAAUACAUUCCAAUGUGCAGUUAGGAGAGGUUGCACUGGAUUAUCUUGUCAAACUUGAGCCUAGAAACCCAAGUCAUAAACUGGCCCUUUUGGAUUUGUAUGCUCAAUAUGGGAAGAGGAAUAUUGCAGACUAUCCAAGAUCAAAGUUUAAUACGGGGAUAAAGAAAAUUCCUGGAUGUAGUUGGGUUCAGGAUAAAAAUAGGGUACAUGCAUUCCAGGUAGAUGACCGAAGCCACCCACAAGUUGAGAGCAUCAAUAGCAUCUUGAGCGUAUUACAUCUGGAAAUAGAGAGUAUGGGAUAUUUUCCCGGAAGGAGCUGCGACUUAGAAAAUAUGGAGUGGCAAGGAUAAAAAAGAAUUGUUUCUAGCGAUGAUGAAAAGAGGCUAGGCGCAGAUUUGUAUUUGUCUCUGCAAAAACCUUGAUCAAUGUUUCCAAGCUGAAGGAUCUUGUUGCCUGCGAGGCUCAGAUACUGCCAUAGAGUUAAAUUAAAAAACAAGCCACAAAUUGUCAGAGAGACUAUUUGUUUCCAUCAUCUGUGGGUGGCACUGGCUCAUGCUUGCUAGUGAUUCUUCACUCAAGAUAUUCUCCAGCAUUUGCAACUAUUGUGGGAGCAAAGAAAGAUGAAAUUUGGCUAUUGAAGCCCUGAAAGUCCUAUUUCAGUUUCAGAGAAGUUUAGUGGUGAACCAGUAAUGAAUAAAGCUAGUGCUCUGCUCCCUGAACAUGCAGAAUUAUAUCAUUCAAAGCUGACUAAGAAUUUGAGACCACCUGUGGUUGUGCUUAAGGAUAUCCGUGAAAGUUCAGAACUAGAAGGAUCUUGCAGAAUAUUGAGAUCUAUGAGGCUUAAGGAUAUCCCUGAAAGUUCAGAACUAGAAGGAUCUUGCAGAAUAUUGAGAUUUAUGAGAUCUAUGGUACAGAGGUACUCCUUAUGACUUUAUAUCAUUGAUUUUUCUGUUGUUAACGAACUUCUUCAUGUUCGUAUUCGGAUCUUCAAAUCAGAUUAAAUUUAUUGAAGGACCUGAAGAUACAAAGAGGAGUUAUGUCAAAGCAUCUGCUUGAGACUGUUAAUCUCUAGUCCUUUGUUAAUCUUCUUGAUGGCAAUAACCAACUUCUUGUUGUUUAUCCAUGAUAGUAAUGUUCCACAGGUUUAGUUUGUCUCUUGGCUUACACCAGAAACAGUUUUCUGUGGAGUUAAUUCUCUAUUAAUACAUAAUUUGACCUUACGAUAUGAUUUGCAACUUCAGCAUAUCAAUUGUAGCAAGUAGAUGGUGGGGAUUUAGCUGCUAGAGGAAUAAAUUUCUCAACCUAGAAUACACCAAAUGAUGAUAUAAUUCGCAUAUAAACUUGUUAUUGGGAAUUGCACUGUGGGGAAUUGUAGUAAAAGCUCCUCUGCUUUAAGUAUAUGCAUUGUCUUUAGCUGUUGGGUCUUUAGAGAAUUUUGUGACCAUCACAACUGGAUCUGUUGUAGUAGGAUUUUCAUUGUUUAGGUCUUAAUAGCUUAGUGUUUGCUCAUAGAACCAAUGCUAUUUGAAAUAUAUUUUCCACUAUAAGCAAGAAUCAAUAUUGAAAAUCUGAGAGAGGCCACAGAGUGGGUUACUGGAAAUAAGCCAUAAAAGCUUUAAGCUUAAUUCCAUCUGGCCCCUCUUUUCUUUGUCUUAUACCUUGUAGCUUUCUGUUCCAGUUCUUUUUUUAGUCGGUAGAAAAAAAUCACUUCAUAUGUUUUCACAUAUUAUUUGCACUUCAGAAGCUUUCCAGCAAUGAGCUUCUCAUUUUCUGUUUCAUUGGUAUUUGAACAUGAGGUGCAAUCUUUGUUCAUCUGACCUGAGAUAUCAAGGUUCAACAAAAAUUCCAGCAAUGAGCUUCUCAUUUUCUGUUUCAUUGGUACUUGAGCAUGAAGUGCAAUCUUUGUUCAUCUGACCUGAGAUAUCAAGGUUCAACAAGAAUUCUUGUCAGACAGUCAGUGUGGGUCAGUGAUUUUGGCUUUCACCUUUUCUGUUCUGUUCCCUGCUGCUGAUAUUAUUGUACGAGAACUCAGAGAUAAGAUGAAGGUUCCAGGACCAAAGUUUAUCAUAUAAAACAAGAUCAGAUAGCUCAGCAAAGUAACCCUGUGGAUUCUUCUCAAACACCUCCCUGGAAAUAUGAACUUGCCUCUGCUUCCGGGAGCCAUCAUCACUAUAGUGCCUCCGCCACCUCCGACAUCAUAGGAGCCAUUGCUGCCAUUUUUAAGACCACUACUGCCAUCACACUUUUUUGUGUGGCCUUUAUUACGAUCUACUUUGAAGAUGAUGCUGGACACUGAUAGUGAUUUAUCUACUACUUUGUUCAGAAGUCUCAUGCUCAGAAGCAAUGUAGAUUUUGAUUAUUAAUAGGUGAACUAUUUGCCGGAGUUUUUAAUUUUCUUCAAGGUUGUGUUUGGUAUAUGUGUAGGGUAAGGUAAUAUAAGCUAUCGAAGAUAAGAUUUUGACCCAA